AUGGAACGCAUCGAGUCGUCCAUCCCCAUUACGACAUUCUGUAUCACGGUGGUUGCACUGAGUCAACGUUUGACUCACUCUUCCAGUUACAGCGGAAGUGAGCUAGAGCACACGGCGGACAUCGCACUCGAAAUGGUUACGUACGUCCCAGCUGUGGGAUAUCGGACGCGUCGCGUUCACUGCCGCCGCGCGUCUGCGGCAACUCGUGACAUGGCGACCGUCUCCAACUUGUGCGAGAUGAGUGCUGUGGACAGCGUUUCAAAUGUAGCUACUGAGCCACCGGAUGCAAAAGUUGAAGAAGAGGAGCGGUAUCGUUUGAAAAUGAUUGCUCUUCAAGAGUGCUACGACAGCGUUGCUCUGCAAUCGGUUCGCCUUCGAGAGCGAAUUUACCAAGUGAAAAAGCAAUGCCGUCGGCUAGAAGUAAUGAAGCGGGUUGCACUGAAUAUGCUUCAUCAAAACACAGGCACUUACGACAUCCCUCCUCUGGAAAUUGUCGACGAGGAUCCCUUACCAUCGUUCUUAGAAUCACUGCACAAACAGCAAUAUCCGGCGGUUGAACCUCCUCGCAAGAAGUCGAAAAGGCCAUCACGAAGUAAAGCAGAUGGAAAGUUGACACCCGAGGAAGAGGAGCGUGCUAAGCAAAAAAUUUGCAGCAUUAUUGAUAGUGUAUAUAGCGAAACUGCUAGGAGAAUGGGUGAUACCUCGAAAAGACCUUCGCGCAACCCAAAUGUGGUGACACCUACGAGUUCUGCGGACAGUUCAAGAAAAGUUUGCGACUUGACAUCAAAUCUCAACCAUAAACUAACUGAGGAAGUUCGUCUGAAAACGUUGCAUGAUCAGCUAGAGUUUAAAAAAUCUCCUGAAGAACAUCCGAAGGUCUCAUCGAUACAAAUCAAUGGACAAAGAGAUAACCCUCUUGAAGACGAUCAAGAUAAAACUGUAUGCCCCUUGGGUAAACCAGAUGGUCCAAUUGCGGGUUACGAGUCUCUAUUGAGUACAGAUGAAACAAUGACGUACGACACUACUGCGCAGUCUAGUAAGGCGACCUAUCACUCUCUGUCAGCAGCAACUUUUGAUGCAGGACUUGCCUAUAGCAGUGGUCACGAUCGAGUACAAGAACUUGAUUACGGAGCAAGUGCGUCUAGCAGUCCUGUAUACGACGCAAGUGCGAUAUCAACUAUGAAAUAUCAAGCCAACAUUGGUGGUCGGGAUCAGGAUAAUACGGGACAGUCACUCGAUUAUAUGACCAACUCUACAGUUUCGCCUCUUGCAGGAAACCAUUCUGACAGUUUGAACUCAAGUCAGAUCUCUUCUUACUCUAGCGACGAGACAUCUUCCCCGAAACAACUGCCAAAACGUCGGCGCAAGUACAAAUAUGUGGUUGAGAGUGUCCUGGAUAACGUGCCGUACACGUUUCGGCAAGCUGAAUCAGAUGAUGAUGAGGUCGCUGACAAGAAUUCGACGACCGUCAGUACUUCAGUUCGUACUAGCAACUGA